CUUCACCUCCUUACCUUCCUCCAAAAUCAUCUAAGAAGUUCAGUUAAUACCAUUUCAGAGCUCGAUCAGUUCAUAUAUUUAAAUCUCCAACUGUUAUUUCCAAACUUUCCGACCACCGGCAUGGCUGAAGUUGCAGAAAAAGAGCGGAGGAUCCUGGUGGCGAUCGACGAGGGGGAGGAGAGCAUGUACGCUCUCUCCUGGUGCCUCAAGAACGUGGUGUCUCAGAAUUCCAAGGACACCCUUAUCCUGGUUUACGUGAAGACCCCGCAAACUGUGUACAUGCCCCUAGAUGGCACAGGUAGGAGAGGAAGUCAGUCAGGGUACAUGUUUUCGAGUGAUAUAUUUGCGGCGAUGGAGAGGUACACCUGCGAGGUGGCCGGCGGCGUCGUCGAGAAGGCCAAGAAGAUGUGCUGGGAUGUUCUCCAGCAGGAUAUUAUGAUACAGACGAGAAUAGAGAAUGGUGAUCCGAGGGAUGUGAUUUGCCACAUGGUGGAACAACUGGGUGCUGAUGUUUUGGUCAUGGGUAGCCAUGGCUAUGGUCUCAUCAAGAGGGCUUUUCUUGGAAGUGUUAGCAACCACUGUGCACAGAAUGUGAAGUGUCCUGUGUUGAUUGUGAAAAAGCCGAAAACAAAUGGUUAAUGAUGUUUAUUUUUCGAUCUCCGAUUCUUCAUCUUUUUUGCAAAUUUUCCUAUUUGGUGUGACGCUUGGUAACAUUAAUAUAUUGUAAUUUGUACUAUAAAGAGGAUCGGUAACUCUUUUCUUUUAA